CGGCUGGGAUCGCUGAAACAUUUGGUGCUGUAUGUGGAAGAGGGCCGGAGACUAACGGGUGUGAGGAGCGAAGGGGAAAGAGUCGAAGGCUCUCGGCGGUGCAUCGGUGGUAGCUAUGGGCGCGUUCGCGAGGAGGCGCCUUUUGCUGGGAACAGUAAGCUGUACACUUUUUCUGGCUGUCAACAGCCUCUAUUCCUCCAGUGACGAUGUUAUAGAGCUGACGCCAACCAACUUCAAUAGGGAAGUCAUUCAGAGUGACAGCUUGUGGCUAGUAGAGUUCUAUGCACCAUGGUGUGGUCACUGCCAAAGACUGACACCCGAGUGGAAAAAAGCAGCGACAGCAUUAAAAGGUGUUGUGAAAAUAGGGGCUGUCGACGCAGAUAAGCACCAGUCAUUAGGUGGUCAGUACGGUGUGAAAGGAUUUCCCACAAUCAAGAUAUUUGGUGCCAAUAAGAACAAAGCAGAAGAUUACCAAGGGGGCAGGACAAGUGAAGCUAUUGUGGAUGGGGCUCUAAGUGCCCUCCGGUCACUGGUGAAAGAUCGCCUUAGCGGCAGAGGAGGUGGAUAUAGUUCUGGGAAACAGAGCAGCCGAGAAAGUGGAGGCUCGGGCAAAAGAGAUGUGAUUGACCUGACAGAUGACACCUUUGAUCAGAACGUUUUGAACAGUGAUGACGUGUGGCUGGUAGAGUUUUAUGCCCCUUGGUGUGGGCAUUGCAAAAAUCUAGAGCCAGAAUGGGCAGCGGCUGCAACAGAAGUGAAAGAGCAAACCAAGGGGAAAGUGAAGCUGGCUGCAGUUGAUGCCACUGUAAACCAGGUGUUAGCAAGCCGGUACGGGAUCCGUGGAUUUCCUACCAUCAAGGUCUUCCAGAAAGGAGAAGACCCUGUUGAUUAUGAUGGGGGAAGGACUAAAACAGAUAUUGUUGCUCGAGCUCUGGACUUGUUCUCGGAGAACGCACCACCACCUGAACUCCUAGAGAUUAUUAAUGCGGAUGUCUUGAAGCAAACAUGCGAUGCUCACCAGCUCUGUAUCAUAUCUGUCUUGCCUCAUAUUCUAGAUACAGGAGCUGCAGGUAGAAAUUCCUACUUGGAAGUUAUGUUAAAAAUGGCAGACAAAUACAAAAAGAAGAUGUGGGGGUGGUUGUGGACCGAAGCAGGGGCACAGUCGGAUCUUGAGAAUUCUUUGGGAAUUGGAGGAUUUGGCUAUCCGGCCAUGGCAGCAGUUAAUGCUCGAAAAAUGAAAUUCGCCCUCCUGAAGGGCUCGUUCAGUGAACAAGGAAUUAAUGAAUUCUUAAGAGAGCUGUCUGUUGGCCGUGGGUCGACGGCACCAGUAGGUGCGGAAGCUUUCUCCAAGAUUAACACUGUAGAGCCAUGGGAUGGCAAAGAUGGUGAGCUACCCGCUGAAGAGGAUAUAGAUCUCAGUGAUGUAGAUCUUGAUGAUUGGGACAAGGAUGAAUUGUGAGAGUUUGAAGACAUUUAGUUUCUUGAGAGACUUGGGUUUGGCGUAUACUGACGUUGCAUCACGUGGAUAUACCAGCGGCCUUUUUUGCUGAAGGAGAAGCUCUCAGUUGUCAGAAACACUGUAAAAGUGAACUGGGUUCCUCUCAAGAAAACCAUCUUAAAAAUUCUAUGAAUUUUUUUUUUUUGUAUCUGGUAAAAUCGAUUGUUAUCUUGCGGAACAGAUAUCUUGGAGACAACACUGAUCUUUCAUUGAAAUUCUCUUAUUUUGGCAUUUGUCCGGCUGGUAUGUACUGUUUGACCGUGACUCGAGACUUUUAUUGUAACAAGUUUUAACAUGUGAUCUUUUUCCCCCCCUCCAAAAGGCAGUUGCUCUAGCCUUGGUUUCAAUGAAAGAAUAAAAAAAAAAUAUUUUUGA